AUGCGGCUCGUGGGAGUCACCGGGACGAAUGGCAAAACGACCGUCGCCUGGCUGCUCGACGAGUUCUUUCAUCGGGAAACGGCGGGAAGCCUCUACUGCGGCACGGUAGGGCACCGCGCGCGGGUGGGCGGCCGGCUCCUGGAACCCACCGUUUCGGGCCUCACCACCCGCGAGGCUCCCGAGUUGCAGUCCCUGUUGGCCACCGCCCUCGCUUCCGGCUGCCGCGCCGGAGCGGUCGAGUGUUCCUCGCACGGCCUCCGGCAGGGACGCCUCGCGGGCACCGUCUUCGAGGCGGCGAUCUUCACGAACCUCACCCGCGACCAUCUCGAUUUUCACGGCGGGUUCGACUCCUACUUCGAGGCCAAGCGGGAACUCUUCACGGAUCUGCUCCGUCCCGGCGGGACGGCGGUGGUCGGCUGGGAUGAUCCCUAUGGCGUUCGGCUCGCCGAGGACCUGCGGGCGCUUCGUCCCGACCUGAGCAUCGUGGGCUACGGGACCGCUCCCGGGGCCACGAUCCGACUCGGUGCGAUCCGUUCCGACCUCGACGGCACCCGGGUGACGGUGGAGGGUCCGGCGGGGGCUCACGAACUCGCGAGCCCGAUGCUCGGGCACUUCAGCGGCCUGAACCUGGCGGCGGCGUGGGGAGCGCUCACCGCCAUGGGGUUCGACGGAGCCCGCGUCGCCGAGGUCCUUUCGGCCAUCGCCGCGCCUCCCGGUCGCAUGGAGCGGAUCGGAGCACCCGGUGGACGGCGCCGGCUUCUGCCGGCGGUUCUGGUGGACUACGCGCACACUCCGGACGCGCUGGCCCGGGCCCUGGCCGCCGCCCGCUGCCUGGUGGGAGACGGCCGGCUGCUCGUGGUCUUCGGCUGCGGGGGCGAACGGGACCGGGGCAAUCGGCCGCUCAUGGGAGACGCCGCGGCCCGGCUCGCCGACUGGGUGACCCUCACCUCGGACAACCCCCGCGGGGAAGAGCCCGACGCCAUCAUCGCGGAGAUCCGGGUCGGCGCCGACAACCCGGCCCUCGGCGCCGAGGUGCUUUUGGAACCGGAUCGGCGGCGCGCCAUCGAGAACGCGGUGUCGGUGGCCGGACCACGCGACCUGGUCCUCGUCGCGGGCAAGGGCCACGAGACCCACCAGGUGCUCGGGGACACGCGGAUUCCCUUCGAUGACCGGCAAGUCGCCGCCAAUGCGCUGGAGCUCGCGCUCUCAUGA